UCUUAUCACUAGAUGAGAAUGCGUGCACCACAUGUAUGGUGAAGAUGCAGAAUGGUGUAUUUUAAAAUAGCAAAAGAUUACAAAAAAGUUUCUCAAUAAUGGAUACUUACUGAUAUAAAUACGAGUAACAUACUACAUGUCCAAGCACAACAAAAGUGGGUGGAUCAAGCUAUCAUUCUAAGAAAAAUCUGGGAAUACAGACAAAAGGAGAAAAAAAAAAAUGAAAAUGGUGCAAGAUGAAAUCAGAAAGGGUCCAUGGACUGAACAGGAAGACAUUCUCCUGAUCAACUUUGUGCACCUGUUUGGAGAUCGACGAUGGGAUUCUAUUGCUAAAGUUUCAGGUUUGAAGGUGGCGGGAGGCAAAUAAUAGGUUUGAACAGAACUGGAAAGGGUUGCAGGUUGCGAUGGGUUAACUAUCUGCACCCUGGACUCAAAAGGGGGAAGAUGACACCCCAAGAAGAGAGACUUGUGUUGGAACUUCACGCCAAAUGGGGAAAUAGAUGGUCAAGAAUUGCUCGCAAAUUACCUGGGCGAACAGAUAAUGAGAUAAAAAACUAUUGGAGGACUCAUAUGAGGAAGAAGGCUCAAGAAAGGAAGAGGGCUAUGUCACCAUCAUUGUCAUCUUCCGACAGCUCCGCAACAUCAACUAUUACUACACAGAAUUCAUCACCUUCCCUGGAGACUGGAGAAGCAAGCUUUUAUGAUACAGGGGGGCCUGAAUCAUCACCUUCAGGAGGAAAAAUUAGUGAGGCGGUGCAAGGAGGUGAAGAGGGGUACUCUAUCUCUAUGGAUGAUAUAUGGAAAGAUAUUGAAAACACUAUUGAACCAGUUUUUGAUGGGUUUAGUGAACAAGGUUGCAAUUUCUCUUGUCCUUCAAUUGCAUCUCCCUCAUGGGAGUAUUGCCCAGACACACUCUGGACGAUGGAUGAAGAGGAGGGUAAGAUGUUUCUUCCUUAUGAGUGCGGGACAGUGUUUUUAACAGGCUAAACAGAAAUUCUUUAUUUAUGUUUCUUCAUAGACGUCAAGUUUCUCUGAGGAAGCUCUAACUUGUAUAGCAUGGGUUUUCUCUAAGCUUUCUGAUGUGUAAUCAUCUUAUGCAUAACCUAUGUCCCUGUGUUUGUGUAAUUUCACUUUUCAGAGAGGAAGAGAGAGCCUUAACAAAUCUCCUAUAAGGAGAUUGUUAUGUUCCAUUAUGUAUAAUAGAACUUUUAAGUUUUAAUGUUGAAAUGAAGAUGGUGCAACAUUAAAAUCCCAAAA